AAAUGUUGGCUUACGUGUAUAUUCAUUUACUUUUAGACAGAUCAAACUCAAGUUUUGCAAUAUGAAAUUAUGGAUUUCAAGUUUGAUUUUAAAUAUCUUAAUGACUGAAUGUUUGGCAAAAAUUCCACCACACAUCAUUUUCAUAGUCGCUGACGACCUUGGUUGGAAUGAUGUUGGAUGGCACAAUUCGGAAAUGCACACACCGAAUUUAGACAAUUUAGCAAGACAAGGUGUCAUUCUUGAUUCAUCAUAUGUACAACAAGUUUGUACGCCAUCAAGAAAUUGUUUCAUGACUGGUUUAUACCCAUUCCACACAGGAUUGCAGCAUUUGGGGUACUGUAACUGGAAGUAUACACCAACGUAUCGUGGAUUUGAUUCUUUCUAUGGUUUCUAUGGAGGGUCCGAAGGAUACUUCAGUCAUAAGUUUGGAGAAUGGUACGAUUUCAGAUUCAAUGAGGAAGUGUAUUACCCUAACAACAAAACAUAUUCAACGAAACUUUUUUCUAGCCGUGUUAUUGAUAUUAUCAAUGAAUCAAAUCCUGAAACUGAACCUUUGUAUUUAUACAUUGCUUUCCAAUCUGUGCAUGAUCCAUUCCAGGUUCCAAAACGCUACAAAAAGUGGUAUCAGGGCGAUAUGAGCAAAAAGAGGAGGACGUUUUGUGGGAUGGUAUCUGCAUUAGAUAAAGCGAUAGGAGAUAUUACUGCUGCUCUUGAAGCAAAGGGCCUAAUGGACAACGCUGUUAUUGUUUUCACUACAGACAAUGGAGGGAAGCAAUCUGCUGGAAACAAUUUACCACUUCGUGGCCAUAAAGGAUCGUUAUGGGAAGGUGGAACGAGGGGUGUAGCAUUCGUUUACAGUCCAACCUUCUUAAAAAGAUCGGGUUAUGUAAAUACAGAAAUGAUACAUGCAGUUGACUGGUUCCCUACACUCUUGCAUGUUGCUGGUGGUAUACCAGAUCGUUCGUUGGAUGGUGUGAACCAAUGGAAGACCAUCAGUGAAGGGAGGAGAUCUUCCCGGGAAGAUUUUGUGUACUGUAUAGACGACAUUCAAGAUAGGUGGGCCUAUAGGUUUAGAAAUUUCAAGCUUAUGUAUGGCCAAAAACCUGACUUAGAUAAUCGAUGGAAAGUACUGCGGUUAUUUGACAUAGAAAAAGAUCCGUUUGAACAGGAAGACAUCGCUGAAAAAAAUAUUGACAUCGUAGAAGAAUUGAAACGCAUGAUUAGCCUAUAUCGCGAUACUCAAGUCCCCGCAAAUUAUUCAAAUGCGAAAAGAAUAACGUCACUGCACCAAAUAAGUAAGACGACUUUGAGUCCUGGUUGGUGUUGAUUCUAAAAAGGUUAUAUAAACCAUUUCCAACCACCACAACAACAACAGCAACAACAACAGCAGCUGCAGGAGAAGAAGCAGCAGCAGCAACAACAACAACAAUAUAAACAUUAUUUUGCUCAAGCCAUUACAACAAGAAUGUGAGAUAACAGUUAAUAUUACCAAAAAAAAAACCUUAUGAGGUCAAUGCCGUACCAUGGCCUGAAAUUUGGUUUCAUAUUUUCAAUUUUAUUUAAACUAUUACGUAUAACGCUAAGGUGGGCAUUCCCUAGAUAGAUCUGAGCCAUGUUUGAGUAAAUAUUAUCCAUUUGAAUUUGACUAAAUCUAUUCUUUUUUGGUUAAAUGUCAUUUAUAAUAGUGUGAAUACUUUCAGUAUCAAUGUUAUUUUCAA